CAUGCCUCCACCACUAAUUAUCCUCGUCCUCGUCCUCGUCCUCGUCCUCCCUAACCACGCAGCCAACGGUGAGUGGGAGCUUCUCCACCCGAACAUCGGUGUCUCCGCCAUGCACAUGCAGCUCCUCAUCUCCGACCGCGUCCUCAUCUUCGACCGCACCGACUUCGGCCCCUCCAACAUCUCCCUCCCAUCCGGGCGCUGCCGACGCGACCCCAACGAUACCGCCCUCCCCCUCGACUGCACCGCCCACUCGGUCGAGUACUCCCCCGCCUCCAACUCCGUCCGCCCCCUCAUGCUCCUCACCGACACCUGGUGCUCCUCCGCCGCCCUCCUCCCCAACGGCACCCUCCUCCAGACCGGCGGCUACAACGAUGGAGACCGCGCCGCCCGCCUCUUCAGCCCCUGCUCCGGCGCCGCCGCCUCCUGCGACUGGCAGGAGAUCAACCCCGCCCUCGCGCUGCGCCGCUGGUACGCCACCAACCACAUCCUCCCCGACGGCGGCGGGGUGAUCAUCGUGGGCGGCCGCCGCCAGUUCAGCUACGAGUUCUACCCGAGGCGGAGCGCGCCGCGCAGCCUCCCGUUUCUCAUCCAAACCAAUGAUCCUCGUGUUGAGAAUAAUCUCUACCCUUUUGUUUUCUUGAAUGUAGAUGGAAAUCUAUUCAUCUUCGCGAAUAAUCGAGCAAUUCUGCUAGAUUAUGUCCGCGGAGUGGUUGUGAAAAAUUACCCGACGAUCCCGGGUGGGGAUCCGAGGAGCUACCCGAGCUCCGGCUCUGCUGUUCUGCUCCCGUUGAACAGCAGCUCCGGAGCUCAGGUCCUCGUUUGCGGGGGUGCGCCCGCAGGAGCUUAUGUCAGUGCUAAUAAUGGGAAAUUUGUGACCGCGCUCGACACGUGUGGUAGGAUUCGAAUAAAUGAGCAGAACCCCGAGUGGGCCAUGGAGACCAUGCCUGGUCCCCGGGUCAUGGGGGAUAUGGUCUUAUUACCUAAUGGGGAUGUCUUGAUUAUCAACGGGGCCGCUUCGGGCACGGCCGGCUGGGAAUUGUCCAGGGACCCGGUUCUCGCGCCGGUUAUCUACCGACCCGAAAACCCUGUUGGGUCGAGAUUCGAGGUCCAGAGUUCCAGUUCCACUCCUCGAAUGUACCACUCGACCGCAGUAUUACUACGCGACGGUCGAGUCAUCAUUGGUGGGAGCAAUCCUCACACGUAUUAUAAUUUCACUCGAGUUUUAUUCCCAACUGACUUAACUUUAGAAGCAUUUUCUCCCUCCUACUUGAAUUCGUCGUAUGCUAGCACGCGCCCAAAGAUUAUUUCUCCUGCCUCGCAGUCUAAAAUUGGCUAUAGACAACCACUUGUAGUAGGCUUCACGGUCCCUUCGGGUCAAAUUGACAAUGCUUCAGUUAUGGUUACGAUGGUGGCACCCCCGUUUGCAACUCACUCGUUUUCGAUGAAUCAAAGGUUGUUGCUACUAGGUCGAGGGAACGUAACAGUAAGCGGUAAUUCAAGUCAAAUCCGGGUCGUCUCGCCGGAUUCGGGCAAUGUUGCCCCACCCGGAUACUAUCUUUUAUUUGUGGUUCAUCGGAAUAUACCUAGUGAAGGUAUAUGGGUCCAAAUAAGAUGAAGGAUUUUUUAUAUAUACAUGUAUACAUGAAAAGAAUUGGAUUGACUGUCA